AUGGACCCGCUUCUCCUACCCGCCCUUGGAUUCGUGCUGCUUGUUGUACAGAGAAUUGUGGCGUUUUGGAAGUCGCUUAGAUCUAUUGGUCACCAUGCAGGACCUCGAAGAGCCUUGACCUCAUAUGGCAUUUGGGGCAGCGACAUCCUCCCUCCCAUCCCUGGAGUCGCAGCGGGACACAACCACUUGUUGCUGGAUAAAUUUAGGCAGUAUGCUCGUUACGGAUGGGACGCGUACGCGGAGGUCUCUUGGUUCGGCAAGUCGACCGUCGUCUAUGUCCUAGCCGAUGCUGCUGCUAUCAAGGUUAGAGCAAUUGAAGAAGUCGCCGCGUCGCGCACGCGGUUCCCCAAGCCUACCGAACACUAUGAAGUUUUGGCGAUCUAUGGUCAGAAUAUCCUCACUGUCGAGGGAGAUACAUGGAAGAAGUAUAAGAAGUUGGUGUCGCCUGCAUUUGCGGACCGUAGCAACAGGCUCGUGUGGUCAGAAACCGUUCGAAUUCUCAGUGAUCUAUUCGAGGAUGUAUGGGGCGACAGGAAGUCCAUCGAGAUUGACCAUUGCCUCGAGCUCACCAUGCCAAUUACCCUUUACGUUCUCGGUGGUGCCGGGUUCGGAAGCCGAAUGACUUGGAAGGAGGAUACCGUUCGACCAGGGCAUCAGCUCUCCUUCAAGGAAGCAACGCACAGCGUCUCGAAGAAUCUUAUGUUCAACAUUGCCGUGCCCAAAUGGGCCCUCCCACUCACCAAACGAGGAAGGGACACUCAGAUGGCUUUCGCUGAAUUGGGACUUUAUAUGAACGAGAUGCUUCAAGAGCGGUUGUCCUCCCCCAACUCGGACAGAGAUGAUUUGUUCAGUUUGUUGCUUGCUUCGAGCACAGGAGACUUCAAGGACGACUCUGAGAAACUUACGCAUACCGAGAUCCUUGGGAACACGUUCAUCUUCUUGAUUGCUGGCCACGAGACAACCGCCCACACGCUUUGCUUCGCGUUUGCUCUGUUGGCACUCUAUCCAGACGAGCAGGAGAAACUUUACAAGCACAUCAAGUCGGUUCUUACUGAUGAUGAGCCACCUGUGACUGGAAUCCCCAAAUACUCUGCAGAGGAUACCACUUUGGAGAUUGGUAACCAAAAUGGCGAGACGAAGACUAUUCCUAUUCCCAAGGGCACCUACCUCACCAUCGAUGCUGUUGGAUUGCACCAUAACCCUCGCUAUUGGAAGAACCCCGAGGAGUUUAGGCCUGAGCGGUUCUUGGGUGACUGGCCGCGCGACGCGUUUGUUCCGUUCAGCGUUGGUGCACGGGCGUGCAUUGGUCGAAAGUUCGCGGAAACUGAAGCGGUGGCGGUCAUCACUAUGCUCGUGUCCAAGUACAAGAUUACGAUCAAGGAAGAGCCAGAGUUUGCUUCUGAGACAUUUGAGCAGAGGAAGGAGAGGAUUUUGAAGAAUUAUUCUGGGGUUACUGUGACGUGA